AUGGAUUCCUUCUUCUCUGGGGUUGUUGAAAUCCAUGUUCAUCACGCGAGGAACAUCCACAACAUAUGCAUCUACGAGAAGCAGGAUGUGUAUGCCAAGUUCUCUCUGACCUGCAACCCCGACCACACCGUCUCCACCAGGAUCAUCAACGGCGGGGGGAGGAACCCCGACUUCAACGACAACCUGGCCAUCGACAUCAGCCACCCGGAUGCUGUGCUCAAAUGUGAAAUCUGGAUGCUCAGCAGGGCCAAGAACUUCAUGGAUGAUCAGCUCCUUGGAUUUGUAUUAGUCCCAAUCUCUUCCCUCUCUGCUAAUGCAACCCUCACUCAGGAUUUCCAUCUCUCCUCCACUGAUCUCUUUCACUCCCCUGCUGGCACCAUCAAGCUCUCACUUUUCUUGAAUGCAAACACUCCCACCAAUCCCAAUCCCAAUCCCAAUCCCAAUCCCUAUCCCAAUCCCAAUCCCACCCCUUUUGUUGCAACUUCACAGCUUCUCUCCCAAGACACCAUCAUCUCCGAUGACUACUGCAGGAUCGAGUUCCCUGACGUCAGCGUGGUCGAUCAGAACCAGCAGAUGGUGUCGGAGUACUUCGCCAAGAAUGGAGCUCCCCUGAGGCCGUGGGCGGACGGCUCGUUCCUCCGCCUAGGGGCCGCGCCCGAGGACUACGAGAUGGUGGCCAACUCCUCGGACGAGAGCAGCAGUGUCCAGAACUCGGGCAUGACGAGCUUGAGCGAUGAUCGGAACUCGGCGGACUCGAUGGAGAAGAAGGGGAAAAAGAGUGAGGAGGAGAAUGAGGAAUCGGCAAUGCAGCAGCAGAUAGUUGAUAUGUAUAUGAGGAGCAUGCAGCAGUUCACGGAGUCCCUCGCUAAGAUGAAGCUGCCCAUGGAUUUGGAGAAGGCUGAGGGAGAUGUGAUUCAUGAUGAGAGUGAGAAGAUGAGCAAGGAUAAUAAUAAUGAUAACAAUAAUAAUAAUAAUUGCAGGGUGUUCUAUGGCAGCAGGGCUUUUUUCUAAAUUAUAUAUGUUGAUUUAGAUUUGAGUGAAUGUCUUCUUCUUCUUCUGCUUCUUCUUCAAUCUGUGAAAUAACAGAAAUAAAUUAUUGAUGAAAGUGGAUGCAUUUUGAUUA